GAGUUUUGAGAGUGGAAGGAGUGUUUUUAACUGUAAGAAAUAAUAUAAGAGUUGGCUAACAGGUCCGAAGUGACAAGUUUCAACCUCUAUGUGUAGGUUUCAUUUGAUGGCAUCAUUCAUAAUUUUUGUCUCUGAUUCAUUGAGGGAGUAAAUGAAUCCACAGUGAGUGAAGCCUCGCAAUUGCAUGCUUCUUUGCAAUAGCAAGUGCCGUCAGAUUCAGAUUGGAAUUGGAAUCCACAGUUGAAUUUGAAUUUAUGCUGUUGGGCUGCCGCCGGUUCCGGAUUGACUGGUGAAUCGGUGAAAGAUGCGACGACGGGCUGCCGAUUUUCGGCGCCCGGUUCGACGGAGGUUUUCAUAUUGGAUCUGGCUUCUCCUCGCCUUCUCCUCUAUUAUUGCUCUCCUUCUCUUCCUUCUCCAACACAACCACCACCACCGAGAUCCGCAUCAUUAUCCUUUGCCGGAGAGAAAUGAAAGAGUUGAACAAUUUGCUAAGGAGAGUUUGAAUUUUACUCAAGAGAUUUUAAGUGUUACAUCAUUCUCACGACAGUUAGCAGAACAAAUGAUUGUGGCCAAAGCUUAUGUGGUUAUUGCCAAAGAGCAUAACAAUCUUCACCUUGCCUGGCAGCUUAGCUCAAAGAUCAGGAAUUGCCAACUUUUGCUUUCAAAAGCGGCCAUCACAGGUGAGCCCAUCACGUUGGAGGAAGCUGAGCCAAUUAUUAGAAGCCUUUCUCUUCUGAUGUUUAAGGCACAAGAUAUCCAUUAUGACAUUGCAACCACAAUAGUGACCAUGAGAUCACAUAUUCAAGCUCUAGAAGAGCGAGCCAAUGCAGCAAUAGUUCAAAGCACCGUGUUUGGUCAAAUAGCAGCUGAAGCAGUACCCAAAAGUCUUCACUGUCUAAAUGUUAAACUCAUGUCCGAUUGGCUAAGGAUGCCUUCCCUGCAGGAACUCUCAGAUGAUAGGAAAAACUCCCCACGGCUUGUGGACAACAAUCUAUAUCAUUUCUGCAUAUUUUCAGAUAAUGUACUGGCAACAUCUGUAGUUGUAAACUCAACUGUCUCCAAUGCUGACCAUCCAAAGCAAUUGGUCUUUCACAUUGUCACUACUGGAGUCAGUUAUGGGGUAAUGCUAGCGUGGUUCCUACGCAAUGACUUUAAAGGAGCCACCAUAGAGAUACAGAACAUUGAGGAGUUUCAUUGGUUGAAUGCAUCUUAUUCUCCACUUGUCAAGCAGCUCCUCAAUCCUGAUUCAAGAACCUUCUAUUUUGGAGCAUAUCAAGAUUUAAAUGUUGAACCCAAAAUGCGGAAUCCCAAGUAUCUUUCUUUAUUGAAUCAUCUUCAGUUUUACAUCCCUGAGAUUUAUCCGCAACUCGAGAAGGUUGUCUUCCUGGAUGAUGACCUUGUAGUCCAGAAGGAUCUAACCCCACUUUUCUCACUGGAUUUGCAUGGGAAUGUGAAUGGUGCUGUGGAAACUUGUCUUGAAGCAUUUCAUCGAUACUACAAGUAUCUCAAUUUCUCAAAUUCAGUUAUUAGCUCGAGAUUUGAUCCACAGGCAUGUGCAUGGGCAUUUGGUAUGAACAUUUUUGACUUGGUUGCAUGGAGGAAGGCAAAUGUGACCGGAAGAUAUCACUAUUGGCAAGAGCAGAAUGCUGAUGGGACACUCUGGAAGCUGGGGAUACUUCCUCCUGCUCUUCUGUGUUUUUAUGGUUUGACAGAGCCACUUGACAGAAGAUGGCAUGUUUUAGGAUUGGGUUAUGACCUAAAUAUUGACAAUCGACUUAUUGAAAGUGCGGCAGUCAUUCACUACAACGGGAACAUGAAGCCGUGGUUGAAGUUAGCCAUAGGCAGGUACAAGCCACUAUGGGACAAGUACAUAAAUCAAAGUCACCCUCAUCUUCAAGAUUGUGUCACAAGUUGAAAUGCACUACUUCUCGAUUGCUGAUGGAUUAUGCAAUCUCAGAUUAUUUUAUAUUCUUGAUCUUUGGUUGCCUAAAUGUAGAGUCAGAAGUAGAAUUUUUUUCUUUUCUAGGAAUUAUUUUUCAUCCCCUCUCUUAUCUAUUCCCCAAAUUUUCUUUUGAAUCAAUCUUGAAAGGAAGCAGAAUGAUUUCUUAUACACGACAAAGUUUAUAUGCGUUAGGUGAAGAGAUAUGGGAGAAAUCCAUUUUUGGCCGGGAGGGCUAUCUUUUCCCUUUAUGCAAGUGGUAGAGUGAUUGUUCUUUAGUAAUUCUUGUAAUAAUUUAUCAGCUCUUUCAAAUAGCAAUGUAAUCGAAUGAAAACAUUUUUUUCCUUUUC